AUGAGUAAUUCGUAUUUAUUAAGUAACUUCGUGUCCCGCCUCGAGGCGCCGGAGCCGCGCGACUUCCUCGAUGCGUUUUGCUCGGACAACCCGUCGCCAAACACUCUGUGGGGCGCCUCGCUCCGCACCACGCUGCACGAGGCGCUCUUUCCGCGCCGUCCUGCGCUCCUCCGCGCCGUCGCGCCGUUCUGCGCCGAGCUGGUCGCCUCGCGGACGGGGGGCGGCCCCAGACCCGAGGACAGGCCGUACUCCAUCGGCACGCCGCCGCGCGUCGUCUACCCCGAGCAGGCGGCGGAGCUCCUCGCGGGCGGGCUGUACGCCUAG